GUGGUUCAAGGGACAGGACGAACAAGUUCAGUAAAUACACGCAUGGUUUCCUAUUCAUAUUUGAAAUAAUUUUCCCAAGAAUGAAGACUUUGGCCCUCAGAUCAAUGAUUCCAUUCAUCUGGCGAGUCGAUGACAUCACACAGAGUGACAACCAAUCACGUCCACAGAUCUCCUCCUCAAAAGUUGCUCUGGCGGAUCCCCAGCAGGUCCCAGACUUCCACUCGUCUUCGUCUUCGUCACACACAGCCUCUCUGAUGGGAUUUGGCCAAGAAGACAUGUCUCAUUACCAGGAUCACGAGAUGAGUGCGGUGCUGAGGGUCUCGCACCUUCCUCUCAUUCGCUCGGCGCUGCAGUCGGUCACCUCCGUCUACUCCGAGGUCAAAGAUCGCUACCCUCUCCUGGGCCUGGUUGGAGGAGUGGCCGAGGUCGGCGUCCGCAACGCCUCGAUGGUGGCCAUGAGCAGAGCCACGCCCCUCAUGCAGACCCUGAGACCUCAGAUUGAAGUUGCCAACAGUUUUGCUCUUGUGGGUCUGGACCAGUUGGAGAAGACAUUUCCCUUCCUGAACCAGUCCACAGGCGAGGUGAUGGGUCACUUGAAAGACGCCUUUUUCCUGACACUGGACGAUGUGCAGCUGUGGAUGGUGGACGGAAUGGACGGUGCCCUGGACCAGCUGGAACGCCUGUCUCACUCUGCCUGGAUGGUAGUGCGACAGCUGCAGGACUCUCAAGUUGGCCGCGCUGCCACGUUUGGCCUGGACGAUGUGCUGAGCCGCAUUGAGAACGCCACCGCCUACUACCUGCCCCUCCCGCUCACCCUGCGUCGCGAGUGGGAGAUGAGAGUCCAGGAGUACGAGGAUGAGGACGACGACGAGGAGCCCAGCAUAUGGACUAGGGUCCGAAGUCUUCUGCUGAGUCUCAGUCUGCAGCUGUACCACCGCAUGAUGAAGGUACAAAAGCAGCUGGAGGAAGCUUCCAGAACGCUGGGAGACGCCGCUGACACGGUUGGUCUGGGACGGGUCAUGGAGCUGGUGGGCAAUCUUUUGCAAUACUUGCAAAGACUGCUGGUGGCACUAGUUUACCGUACCGAGAGUCUCAGGGAGCUGACCCUGGGCAGUGUUAAAGGUCAAGCAAUCAUGUUGAUGGAGCUGCGUCCGGUGCGUCAGAUUCGAGAGCUUCCGGUACAGGUUCAGCAUCUCCUUGGGGACCUGCAAGAACUCUCCAAGAUCCUUCUGCAGCUCAUCAUCAAUGCUACGCCACUGUACAACAUGCUUCAACAGCCCUCUGAGAAGGAGGUGGAGGACUUCCUUAACCAGGAGGACCUCCAGUCCGACAGCUCGUCCCGCCGCAACUCCGCCAAUAGCCUCUUCUUGAAGGCCAUGGAUGGACGUCCUCGGCGCCGCAGGAGUCUGUUCUCACGGGCCAUCCGCAGUCCCGGACCCGAUGCCAACACUGGCAGCGGUUCCAGCCUAAAGCAGGACUCGGAGGCGGAAGGCUCCCCUCUCCCAUCCGACGGCGCCACUUACCGCAGACCCUCUGCCACUGAGCUGCUUCUAACACCACUCAAGCAGUUUGUCUCUCAGAGCCAAAAAGCCUUCGAGUACCUGAACUCCAACACGGCCGAAGAGUGCAACAACGGCACCACCGACUGAUUAGCACACCUCCCCGCUUCUCCCCCGCUUAUCCUCACCUGAUUCUGUUUGCAGCCCCUGACACAUUAAGGCGUAACGUUAUUUUAUUUUUAUUAUUAUUUUAACGUCUCUGCCGCGUUCAGCGCUAGUGAGUGUGUAAACCCUGUCCGACCAAGCCAUCGUCAAACAGUCGAUGGCUUGCUGGACCGCUAACGCCUGCAGACUGAUGCAACGUGACGAGCUAGCAGAUAAGCUAAGAGCUAAGUGUUACGCAAGCUUUGAUGUCCCGCACCAUUGACUGGCUGCUAACGAGCACUCGCACGAGCUUUUAAACUAGCUCUCCUUGAGGGGGCGUGUCUUAAUGGAAGAUGGAGUUUGUCAUUGAAAUGUUCUCCAAUAAAGCUUUGACUGCCUUCCUCACCUCACUGCUCGUCUUCAUCACAUUCCUCCUGCCGUCCACCUGGAGACACGCAGCAAGAGAGCGUGCGACACUGGGGGGGUGGAUGUGAAGGCAUGGGAUGGGGGCAGGGUGUGUGUGUCCACAAACUUGAGAUCUCGCUUUGUCUUGCAUCAGUUUUGGUGGAGAGGACCGUAAUAUUAGUCCAAAUAAAAGUCAACAAUCAAAAGGUGUCCACCAGCGCAGGGUAUUCUUAUCCGAAGGCCAGUGCGGGGUGGGAGGGAAAAUGCAGAUUAAGAUGUUUGGGUCCCAAUGCUUGUCUACUCGAAUUGUCUAAUGCUGGCCCUCGAAUUGAUCGGAAUUUUGCAAUGCAAAGCGGAGAUUUCACCCAAAUGUUAUCCAGUUUGGGGUUUACCUGCACAGUGGCCUUGUGGCUAGAGUGUCCGCCCUGAGAUUGGUAGGUCAUUGGUUGAAACUCCAGCCGAGUCAUACCAAAGACUAUAAAAAUGGGACCCAUUACCUCCCUUCUUGGCACUCUGAAUCAAGGAUUGGAAUUGAUUCCCGAGCGUGGCCACCGCUGCUGCUCACUUCUCCUAUCACCUCCCAGGGGGUGGAACAAAGGGAUGGGUCAAAUGCAGAGGGUAAUUUCACCACACCUAGUGUGUGUGUGUGUGGUACUUUAACUUAACUUUAGCUCAGAAAUCGCCACAGUGUGAGUGCCUACAG